GUAUGUCAAGUAAACUCAUGAGUAAACUACUAUCAAAAGUGAUACUUCCAUUUACUGCUUUCAAAACAAAAGUCUAAUUGGCCAAGCUACGUCCUUUCAGUUGUUUGAAAUGACAAUGCUUUUGUUUUGAAGACAGAUUCCUGUUACAUCCGGCGUUACUAGCGCUAACUCUGAAAAACCUAACUACUGUCUUUCAGCAUCAUCCAAACAUUAGCUUGUUGGUUAGCUUUUCAGCUAGCCAAACUCUUAGGAAAAACAGAGCUCCUAGCCAAGCUAAUCUAUGAGUCGCAAACGAAACCACAGUUUCGCUGAAACGAGCCUGUCUCCUGAACUCCACGGCGCCUUCAUGGAGCCUCCCGGUUCAGCGAGCCGAGGAGACGGCGAUUUCUUGGAGCUGGAGCACGACGAGGAGCUGCUCUGCUCGGUCAGCGACAUCACCGAGCACCUCGGCAGAAACAUCACCGUGGUGCUGGAGACAGCGCUGUCUGAGAUCCGCAAAAUGGUCAGCAUCAGGAUACGAGUCCUGAAAAUGGAGCUGCGCGAGAAAACCGAAGAAAUUGAAGUCUUAAAGGCGAGACUAGAUACAGUCCAGCGGGAUGGCAGGGACCCUUUCCCCGGCGUUACGACCAUGGAGCCGUCUGCAGAUGCUGGCUUCAAGAAACAUGACUUCAGCUCAGGCACCAAACACAAUAGUAUCGACCCAAGGAGAGCCAAGGCUGUCAUGCCGGGGGUGAAGAAGGAGAAUAUAGAUGCUAUUUGCGACUAUCUGAUGAAAGACAAGAACUCGAGGGGGUGUGCUGAAAUGGACGCAGACCAGAGCAGCCAAGCCAGCGGCGACCGGGAGCCUCGCCAAGAUCCGGACCCGCACUCCCUCAACCUGUGGCCCGACAGCGGCAUGGCUGGCUCCGGGCACGGGCACGGAGACUCCGAGUCCACCACAGAUGACCUGUUCAGUAUGCUCCCCUCUGGCAGCAAACGGAUGUAUGACUACGAAUGGAUAGCACCAAUGGAUUAUUCUUCAGACCUGAAAGUUCUGAAGGAGCCUGAGUGUGAGAGCAGCCCGACGGCCCCGACCGAGGACGAUGAGGAAGAAGAGUUGCCGAGGAGGGACGGGGGAGGGCUGGAGCCGGCCCAGGCCCCGCUGUCGCACGUCCAUCCCUCCGAGUUCUCCAUGGAGCCCCAGAACUCUCCGGGGGAGGGGGGGAGUCCCCUGCAGGGCAGCACAGACAGGCCUGUGGCAGGCCAGCAGUUCCCCGGCCACACCUACAUCUGCUCUCUGUGUGGAACCUUCUGCCCCGACUCUGUGUUCCUAGAGGAACAUGUCAAACUGAUACACUCGGACUCUGCCGGCGCCCAGGCUCUCCAGGCCCUGCAGUCCACCUGCUCGGCGGCACCCGCCAUGGGGGAUGGCAGCGCUGACCCGAGGAGAGGCAGCGGCGGCGGGGGGCAGAGCGAGGAUGGCACAGGGGCUGGGGCUGGCGGCGGUGGCAUGGCGCGGGGAGCGGCACCUGUGAAAAAGGAGAUUAAAAUCGAGGGCGGGUACGAGUGCGGGGACUGCGGCCGCCGCUUCAACUACCUUGGCAACCUGCGGCAGCACCAGCGCAUCCACACCGGGGAGAAGCCCUUUAUGUGUCCCGAGUGCGGGGAGCGCUUCCGCCACGCCGCCCGCUUAAAAAGCCACCGGCUGGUGCACAGCAGCGCCCAGAGCCCCUUCCCAUGCCCCCAGUGCGGGAAAGGCUUCUCAGUGCUGUCGGGACUCAAGAGACACCAGCGGGUGCACACAGGCGAGAGCCCGUACGCCUGUCCACAGUGCGGCCGGCGCUUUAAGGAGCUGGGGAACCUGUACACCCACCAGAGGAUCCACAGCGGCGCCACGCCCUACUGCUGCCAGCAGUGUGGCCGCAGCUUCCGCCACCUGGGGACGUACAAGAGCCACCGCUGCACGCCGCUAGGGGUGUAAAUCACACUUUUUUUUUUUUUUAUCACGAUACGAUAUCAUAUUGAUUCUUUGUACAACGGUUAUUAGCUGAUAUCUCAAAGUCUGUCACGAUACGAUGACCAUUCAAUUCAGGGGCCUGCGAUCAAUAUGAGACGAUAUCACGCGCCCAUUUAACACAGUUACACUACACUAAAAUAUGAUUAGGAUCGGGCAUCGAGUAGGGCUGCACGAUACGAGGAAAAUAUGCGAUAUGUGAUGACAUUGUUGAAUAUCGCGAUAACGAUAUUACUCGCGAUAAACAGAUAUCAAAGUGUGCUCAGUUCUGCAUUUCUGCUGCUCUUAGUAUUCUGCUAAUUACAGCAAAUCGCUGGUUGAAUUUAAAACAAAUAAAGGAAAUAAUUUCCAAAAUGUUUUCAUUGAACAAAUUGAACAUCGAAUUGAAUGUAAAAGGCACCACUUAAAAAAAGAACGUUGUUACAUUUUUAUGUGCAGUUUUCGGCUGAUAUUUUCUUUCAACUCACACUAAAAAUCUCUGAGUGUCUAUUGCGAUAUGUUGUAGCCUUUUGCGAUGUGUAUAUUGCGCAAGUUGAUAUUGCGAUGAACCGGUUCCGACUUGAAAACUGUUUCAGAAAUUCCGAGAAAUGAAUUAGAUUCCAAUCCGAUCGUCGGUUCCAAAUUGAACACAGGCAAGGUCCGGUUUCCGUAGCGAUCGCCGUACUUCCACGCUUCUUGGUUGUGUUGCAGCCAUGGAGCACAGUAAGCGGCGCUCUAAAGUGUGGCUUUAUUUUACAUGGAAGAAAAAAGCCCGGUAAAACUGUAAAUCACCAUUCAAUCUAAAUAAAAUCUUCCUCUUAUCUGUGAAAUAAGCAUGUGACCCGUUUCAAUUCCACCCCGCAAAGAAUCGAUAAGAAGCGGAAUCCAAAGGAAGAUCAGAAUU